CCGCUGCCUUCCCAAGAUGCGCGGCGCCCCCUGCCGCCAGCCGGAGGAGCGCAGGGCCCGCUCGCAGGAGGCCGGGAACAUGGCGGGGCAGCCCGCGGCCUCUGGCUCGCCGUCCGCCGACAAGGACGGAAUAGAGCCCAACGUCGUGGCUCGGAUCUCGCAGUGGGCAGACGACCACCUGCGCCUAGUCCGGAACAUCAGCACUGGAAUGGCCAUAGCUGGAAUAAUGUUAUUUCUAAGAAGCAUUCGACUGACAUCAAAAUUUACAAGCUCUUCAGAUAUUCCAGUAGAAUUUAUAAGAAGAAAUGUUAAACUGCGUGGACGAUUACGCCGAAUAACUGAGAAUGGUUUAGAAAUUGAACAUAUACCUAUUACUUUACCUAUUAUAGCUUCAUUGAGAAAAGAGCCACGUGGUGCUUUGCUGGUUAAGUUGGCUGGAGUAGAACUCGCUGAAACUGGGAAGGCAUGGUUACAAAAAGAGCUAAAACCUUCCCAAUUACUAUGGUUCCAACUUCUUGGAAAGGAGAAUUCAGCACUCUUUUGCUAUCUUUUGGUGAAUAAGGGUGGAUAUUUCAGUGUGAAUCUGAAUGAAGAGAUUUUGAGAAGAGGCCUUGGCAAAACUGUUCUUGUUAAAGGGCUUAAAUAUGAUUCUAAAAUCUAUUGGACAGUUCACAGAAACUUACUUAAAGCCGAGUUAACAGCCUUAAAAAAAGGAGAAGGAAUAUGGAAGGAAGACUCUGAAAAAGAAAGUUAUUUGGAAAAAUUCAAAGAUUCCUGGAGAGAAAUAUGGAAAAAGGACAGUUUUUUAAAAAUAACAGGAUCAGAUUUCAACUUGAAAAAAGAAAGUUAUUAUGACAAACUUAAAAGGACUUAUGAAAUAUGGAAAGACAACAUGAACAACUACUCCUUAAUACUGAAGUUCAGAGAACUUAUAAGUCGCAUACACUUUCGUAGAAAAGGGUGAAACGGUCAAGAGAUCUAGAGGUAACUUUCUCCAAAGAGUAAAAUAUGUAAAUAUAUGGACGUUUUUCAUUGACUCAAAAUGGAAGUUUUGCCAAAUGAUCAAAGUGUUAGUCUAAUGGUAUUUAAAUAUUAAAAAGAGAUGAUUAUUAUAAGUAUAAUGUCAGAAUUAAUUUAAACAAAUUAUAAUUAAUGUAAUAUGAUUUGAGGAAAGAUGAAACACUUUAUGAGAAUUUGCCAGGCUGAAUGAUUUACAUAUAUAGUGCUAAUGUGUGAAGAGAAAGUUUAACUCUUCACCACUAUGUCGUUUUUAGUUAUUUUGGGCAGCCAUGUUG